CACUGAGAAGAGUUAGACUCUGUCAAAGGCAUUACAAUGAGUCAUAAUUGGAAUCAUAGGCAACAAAGACAAGAACAAACAGUAGAAUUACCAGAAGAGGAAAACAGAUACCCACACGUGCAUAACCAGCAACCUCAGAAUCAUCUUGUCCCCAUGUCAAAAUGUGAAGUUGCAGAGCUAACAUGGGAAAAUGGGCAACUAGCUAUGCACAGACUUGGAAACAACCUCCCCAAUGAGCAAACAAAACACACAUGGGAAAGAGCCAGUGACACAUUAGAGUCUGUUGUGCAUCAAGCCACUAAUUGUCAAAAGCAAAAUCUUGAUCUAAAGGGAAGUGACAAAAAUAAGGCAAACAUCAAUACUGAGAAUAUUGUGAAGCAAGAAACGAUAGGUGGAGUGGUGAAAAAGAGGAUGAGAUCAGAUUCUGACCCCCAAUUAUAUGGGACUAGUGGAAGAUUAGUAGGAGAAUAUCAUAAGAAUAUUUUUGAUCAUCAGAAUGCUGAACCUAGUGCUUCUGCAAGUGUUAGGGACACUGUUAUGACAUGGCCUAAUUAUCAUUCCCUUGAUGAGUCUUCUCGCAGCUUUAAGUCCAGAGCCACUUUUAAUGAGGAUUCUGCCUGUCAUAUUGCUGGCUUGGUAAUUUUCUAUAUGUGCAACUAUACUAGUAGUGCUAGCUAG